GAAGGAAGAAUAUGGGAGUGGUAGUGGCCGCGGGAAGAGAAACAGCUCAGCACACUGCAGGGACUCCAAGGGCACGGGCGAUGGCUGUGGGGUUUGCAACAACCUUGUCGGUAUCCUCGGAGGGCAACUCCCUCCCCCACCUCUUUCCUAGCGGCCAAACCCACACCGAUUUCCCCCAUCGUUCGAGUCUCACUUUCCAGCACUCUACGCUGGCCGGUUACUCCAAACUGACCCCCCUUCAUCUUCUCAUUUGCCUUUUUGUGUGUUAGGAUUUCAGGGCUGGGGAGAGCUAGCCGUGUCAUUACAUCUGGCCGCCACCCGGGGACAGCAGCCCUGUGAGCACCGAGCACCGAGCACCGAGUACCUAGCAACCGGGACCGCGCACCUCAGCGCUGCGUCACGUGACCGCCCGGGACAGCAGUUCCAUGGACCAAACACAGAGACUCCUGGGCCAGUCCCUUUCCACCCCUACUUCCAAGCCUAAGAAGAAAAGGACAGCAGUGAUAUCUUUCUUUUCUAAGAUUUCUUGGAAACUGAGGUUCCAGAAGAGGGAGUCUUUGAAGAAUGUCUUUUUCAUCUUGGCAGAAAGAGCCCGGGACCCCAGUGCUAAAAAGCGCUAUCUGGCAAUGAAAGGCCUGGGCACCAUGGCCAAUGAAGCCCCCAACCAGGUGAGAAAGUACAAGAAAAUUGUGCUAGACCUGCUGGUGCACGGAUUGUACGACCCUGUGAGUUCUGAAGUCAUCCAUGAGAGUCUGAAGGCUCUGAGCAUCAUCCUGGGCAAGAUCCAGGGAAAAAGUUUGGGCUCCUUCUUCAUAGACAUCACCCUUCAGACCAGGAUUUUAUUGGAUGAUGAGAACGACAAUGUGAGAUACUCAGCCUUUGUUUUGUUUGGGCAACUGGCUGCCUUCGCUGGGCGGAAAUGGAAGAAGUUUUUCAUCAGUCAGGUGAAGCAGACACGAGAUUCCCUCCUAACCCAUUUACAGGACAGCAACCCCCAGGUUGCCAAGGCAUGUAAAACAACUGUUCGAGCCUGUUCUCCGUAUCUGAAACUGAGGAAGGAGUACAACUUCCAGAAUGAAGAAGAGCGAAGGAACCCCAAACUCUGUCGGCAGCUGAGCCACUGUCAUCCAGAGCUCCUGCAGUUCUUCUAUGCAAAUAAAAUUCUCUAAGUACAGAGGGCAGAAAAAUGGUUCCCCUCAAGUGUCCUUCUGGGGACGUCAUUGCUCUCUGUUUUUCCCCACUGAAUGCCUCGUCUGCCUGCCUUUUAUGACUAUCAUAGAAAAGAGGACGUCAGGAGAGAAACUGAGAGCAAAAAUACUACCAUGGAAUUGCACACUGAAGCUCAGCAUGGAAUUCUGAAUUGCUUUCACAUAUCUCAUUUUCUCCCCAUCCAGAUUUGAUGAGAAGGUAUAUUUUUCUUAAAAUCACUGAAGGUAUAUGUCUACCUAUGAGUUCAAUGCGUAUUUCUCAGCUAUUUCCCUCUGAAGUUCAUCUCUGUUAAUUACCUUCUAUUUCUCAUAUUUAACUUCUAUGACUUAGGCGAAUAAUUGUUACCUUGAGGUGUGUUUUUUUAAAAAUGAAUUUGCUACUGAUAUUUUGCUACUUGCUCUUGCUACCUCUUCUUGCCAUGACUUAAAGUUGGCCAAGAUACCAUGAAGAUAAUUUGCAGGGAUAUCUUCAGCUUCUCACUGUCUUAAAAACUCAUUGCCUUCAAGAUCACCUUUAAAAAGAAAUAACAAAGAAAAAAUAUCAACGGAGCACGUGUUCAACAUUCUCAGGAUGAUGAUAACUUAUGGAAUAAAAUGAUUGAGUACCAUUUAGUGAAUGUUUACAAUUUAUUAGGUAUUAUCUAAGAACUUUCAAGUAUUACCUAAUAUUCAUAACAACCUUAUGAGGUAGGUAGGUACUUUUAUUUAUACAUGAAACAUCCAAGAUGUGGAAAAAUCAAGUAAUUUGCUCAAAAUAAAUGGUGGAGAGAGAAUCUGAA